GAUUCUUAUAAUUAUUAUAGUAAAUGGUUUAAUUCAAACGAAAUUGUAAAUAAAAUAGAAAAUGUGACUCCCGUAAGUGUUGAAAUAAAUAUUAUAAAAGACAUGAUGGAUAUGUUUGAAGAAAGUUUUCGACAGAAGGAAGUACAAUUAAAUAAUAUGAACAUUCAAUUGAACAAUACUGACCAAGAAAAAUGGAUUAUAAGAGAUCAGUUUUGUUGUCAAGUGUGGAAAUUUUCACACGAUCAUGAUUUUUCACAAGUUUUUCAACAUUAUCCAUACAUUAUAAAUUCAAUUAAACCUCAUAAUUGUCCUCAUAUUAACGAAGUUAAAAGUAUUAAAAAUGAAAACAAUAAUAGAGCAGAUGUGCAGAAUAAUGCAGAAAAUAUUCAAAAGCUUUCGAAAGAAAUUGCUAUUUUAACAAAAAAAAUACUUAUUAUUACUAUUAAUAGAAAUACACAAGAGAUAACAAUAAAAAAUUUGUCCACCAAAUUAGAACAAUUACAAUUAUUUUCAGAAAAAAUGGUGGAACUUCUUAGGUUAAUAUCUAGUGUUGAGAAGUUAAAUGAUAAUAAAAAAUUUGAAAAUAAUGAUUUAAAAUACAAAAAUAAUAACUUGAUAGUUCAUGCAAAUAAAGAUAAUACAUUGGCAUUUACUACGGCAAAAAAACUUCUUGGGCAAUUCAAGCAACUUUCUCCUGUUUUAACUAAAAACAGUAUCACAUCAAAAGCAAUGGCUGCAAAUAAUAACACAAUAGAGCGUUUCAUUGAAUGUGAUAAAAAGUUAAAAACCAAAUUUUCAUUAAAAAUACAAAGUAAUAUAUCUUUAAAGUUUGAGCAAAAUAGACGUCUUAAACAAAAAGAGAAAAAAUGUUAA